AAUUCAGAUUUGAUUUCUAGAACUGAACGAUGGGAAGUGUGGCCUAUAUCAUCAUUAACGAACCAGAAAAUAAGUAAAAUCGCUCAACUCACUUCCUACUUCCGAAUAAUACAAUGGCUUUAUCUUCAUGUUUUUUAGCCAUACAAUUCAUACCUCUUCAGAACCCAGGUGUUCUUAUCGCCAAUCAAAGCAAUCGAAAGCUUCAUAGAACAGUCAAGUUUGACUCUUUGAAACCUAAGGCUACAGGAGACAAGGAAACGAAGCCAAAAGUAAAGAGUGUCAUAUGUACGGAUUGUGAUGGAAAUGUUCAAUGUUCGCAAUGCAAAGGUGUUGGUAUUAACCCUGAAGAUUUCUUUAACGGGCAAUUUAAAGCUGGGGACUCGUGUUGGCUUUGUGGAGGCAGGAAAGAAAUGCUAUGCGGAGGUUGUAAUGGAGCCGGCUUUGUAGGCGGUUUCAUGAGCGGAUUUGAUCAUUAGAUUCAUCCGUAGGUAUACAAAAUGCUCCACCAUAACAUAAAUCAUGUAAAUAAGUCUUAUAUUUUAUAUUUAUUAUUCAAAUUUUAUGUGUUUUAUUCUUUAACGAGUACAAAGAGUUCAAAAACUAUGUAUGAACUCAUUCAUCUGACUUUGUAACAACUUAGUCUCCUCGGAAUCGGGCCGGAAAACGUGAAAAACAUGUUUUUCGUCUUUUGUCUCAA